GGGUCCCAAGCUGGAAAAGGAGCUCCUAGAAGGAACUUCCCUUGCCAGGCUUCCCAGCGGUGGCUCAUCCUUCUGUGAGGAGCGUCAGCCUGGAGCAUGCAGCAGGACGGGAUCAGUAGCAUGAACCAGCUCGGGGGGCUCUUUGUGAAUGGCCGGCCCCUGCCUCUGGAUACCCGGCAGCAGAUUGUGCGGCUGGCAGUCAGUGGAAUGCGACCCUGUGACAUCUCACGGAGCCUGAAGGUAUCUAACGGCUGUGUGAGCAAGAUCCUAGGGCGUUACUACCGCACAGGUGUCUUGGAGCCCAAGGGCAUUGGGGGAAGCAAGCCACGGCUGGCUACACCCCCAGUGGUGGCUCGAAUUGCCCAGCUGAAGGGUGAGUGUCCGGCCCUCUUUGCCUGGGAGAUCCAACGCCAGCUUUGUGCUGAAGGGCUUUGUACCCAGGACAAGACUCCCAGUAUCUCUUCCAUCAAUCGAGUCCUGCGGGCACUGCAGGAGGACCAGGGACUACCGUGGGCACAGCUCAGGUCACCAGUUGUUUCAGCUCCAGCUCUCCCCACUCCCCAUAGUGGCUCUGAGACUCCCCGGGGUCCCCACCCAGGAACCAGCCACCGGAAUCGGACUAUCUUCUCCCCAGGCCAAGCAGAAGCAUUGGAGAAAGAGUUCCAGCGUGGGCAGUAUCCUGAUUCAGUGGCCCGUGGAAAGCUGGCUGCUGCCACCUCUCUGCCUGAGGACACGGUGAGGGUCUGGUUUUCCAACAGAAGAGCCAAAUGGCGCCGACAAGAGAAGCUCAAGUGGGAAAUGCAGCUUCCAGGUGCUUCUCAGGCGCUGACUGUGCCAAGGGUUGCCCCAGGAAUCAUCUCUGCACAGCAGUCCCCUGGCAGUGUGCCCACAGCAGCCCUGCCUGCCCUGGAACCACUGGGUCCCUCCUGCUAUCAGCUGUGCUGGGCAACAGCACCAGACAGGUGUCUGAGUGACACCCCACCUAAAUCCUGUCUCAAGCCCUGCUGGGGCCACUUGCCCUCACAGCCGAAUUCCCUGGACUCGGGACUGCUUUGCCUUCCUUGUUCUUCCUCCCACUGGCCCCUGGCCAGUCUUGGUGGCUCUCAGGCCCUGCUCUGGCCUGGCUGCCCACUACUGUAAGCUUGGAAUGAGGCAGGAGUGGGAAGGAGAUGGCCUAGGGAGGAUCUAAUACCAUCCUGCCCAUUGUCCUUACCGUCCUGCCCAUGCAGACUAUGGCUCCUUCCUCCUUCCUGUGAUCAUUCCCUCCUGUGUGGACCUUGUCUGGCCCUGCCUUGCUGCCUCUCCAGCACGUCACCCGAUUGGAGGGGCUGGUGAAGCGACACCCACCCACAUCUCACACUGGCCUUAAGAGGCCUCCACUCAGCAGUAAUAAAAACAGUUUUUAUUAGCAGUAGUUCCAUCAUCCAUCAUGUUUCCCUUAUGAGCACCCCUUGCCCACUCUUAUAUUUAACAAUUAUAGACAAUUUGCCCUAUCACCUAUUUACAUCUAUGUAUCUACCAUCUAAUCUAUGCGUGUAUGUAUGUAUGUAGCCAAUAUAUGUAUCUAAACAAUGUAUUUGUCUAUGCAUCAAUGCAUCAAUUUAUCUUAUCUAUGUAUCUAUAUGUGUAUUAUACGUGUAUCUAUCUUGGUGUUUAUGUGCUCAUAUGCCUACAUGAAUGCACAUGUGCGUGCAUACACAC